CAUACCACAAAACUUGAGGCACAACGCCCACGGCUGGGCCAAGGAGAACCAAUUUGAUGGUUUCUCAUGAAUAAUAAAGGAAAGGCUGUCCCCAUUCGUCACAUUUCUUAACAAAAUCAGUGGAUAAACAUCACCUUUCUUCCCAAAAGCUCAACCCCUGCCUUUUUUUUUUUUUUCCUUUUUUCUCCCUUUUUCUUCUGCCCCAUUUUUUUUUUAAAUUUUAUUUCUACAUAUAUUAUUAAGAUGAAAAUUGGUAUGAGAUGUUAAGAAUUGCAGACCCAAGAAGCUCUUUAUCAAACAGUUCUCUGGCAGAACAUGUCCCAUCACCAAGGAGAUUACAUGGCAGAUGAAUACAAAAUGGAAGAUGUAGAUGAUUUGGAUGAAGAGUUCCAUGACAGAGAGAUGGGCGGCCCAGAGUCUGAGGUUGAUGUAUAUGACUACCUGAAUAGUAAAACGGCAGAUACAUGCUCUGCUCAAGCCAGGAGAGGAAAAGACAUACAAGGAAUUCCUUGGGAAAGGCUUACCAUCACUAGAGAGAAGUACAGGCAAACUAGGGUAGAACAAUACAAAAACUAUGAAAACAUUCCUCGAUCUGGAGAUGGUUCAGCAAAGGAAUGCAAAGUUACCAAGAAAGGGGGAUUGUUUUAUGAGUUCAAACACAAUGCAAGAUCUGUGAAAUCAACAAUUCUUCAUUUCCAGUUGAGGAACUUAGUCUGGGCUACAUCAAAACAUGAUGUAUAUCUUAUGUCGCAUUUCUCUGUCAUUCAUUGGUCUUCAUUGACUUGCAACAUGUCUGAAGUUCUCAAUGUUUCAGGGCAUGUGGCACCAUGUGAGAAACACCCUGGGAGUCUGUUGGAAGGAUUUACACAGACGCAAGUUAGUACGCUUGCAGUAAAAGAUAAGUUGCUAGUUGCUGGAGGGUUUCAGGGAGAACUUAUUUGCAAGUAUCUAGAUCGACCUGGAGUUAGUUUCUGUUCCAGGAUAACUUAUGACGAUAAUGCAAUCACCAAUGCUAUUGAGAUUUAUGCCAGUUCCAGUGGUGCAGUUCACUUCAUUGCCUCAAGUAAUGACUGUGGAGUUAGAGACUUUGAUAUGGAAGAUUUUCAACUUUCUAAGCACUUUCAUUUUCCUUGGCCAGUGAAUCAUACUUCCCUGAGCCCUGAUGGUAAGCUUCUUAUAAUUGUUGGGGACAAUCCGAAUGGAAUGUUAGUGGACUCCAAAACUGGAAAGACAGUCAUGCCAUUGUGUGGGCACUUGGAUUAUUCAUUUGCAUCGGCAUGGAACCCUGAUGGUGUAACUUUUGCCACUGGGAACCAGGACAAAACCUGCCGAAUUUGGGAUGCCCGAUAUCUAUCCAAGUCGGUUGCUGUUCUGAAGGGCAACCUUGGAGCCAUACGCUCAAUCCGCUACACCUCAGAUGGUCGGUUCAUGGCAAUGGCAGAGCCUGCAGACUUUGUGCAUGUGUAUGAUGUGAAAAAUGGAUAUGAGAAGAAGCAGGAAAUCGAUUUCUUUGGUGAGGUUUCAGGCAUAUGUUUCAGCCCAGAUACAGAAUCGCUUUUCAUUGGAGUGUGGGAUCGUACAUAUGGUAGCCUAAUGGAGUACAACAGAUGUAGGAAUUACGCGUACCUUGAUUCCCUGAUUUGAUUCAAAUGUAGAGUGUACAAGUGAAUGAGUGUGGUUGAGAGCUCUAGGAUGCAAAGAAAUGCAGCAACAAUCGAACAUGGAGGAUGAGGGGGAAGAGGGUCCAGGUGUAAAUGUGACUGUGAUGUGUAGUUGUAGGUUAUAUUGGUGGUUAUCUCAGUGUGUGUAGGGGUGGAUGUAUGCAAGGGUGGGAAGGAUUUCUCAUGGGAACAGAACUAGAAGUUGUCAGGGUGCUGCCAGAUUUUAGAUCUCAGGUGCUUUGACUGUAUAUAUAUAUAUAUGGUAAACUUUUGA